GUCUGUCAAUUUCAUCAAAUGAGAAUGAAUAUUGGCAUUGUGUUAUUUACUCUCUCAUAUACAUGUACUGCUGCAGGUAAACAGUUGGCUGUGAGUAUUGGAACUGAGAAACAACUAUCGCGAUCUAGACCCCAAGGCAAUAUAAACUGAGCUUCACCAUGGGUGGGGUUUUCACCAAAUUGUUCAGUGGUUUAUUCGGCAAGAAGGAGAUGAGAAUAUUGAUGGUGGGCUUGGACGCUGCUGGAAAGACCACAAUCCUCUACAAACUCAAGCUUGGAGAAAUCGUCACAACCAUCCCCACGAUAGGUUUCAACGUAGAGACUGUGGAGUACAAGAAUAUAAGCUUCACAGUGUGGGAUGUGGGUGGUCAAGACAAGAUCAGGCCACUGUGGAGGCAUUACUUCCAGAACACACAAGGUCUGAUAUUUGUUGUAGACAGCAAUGACAGAGAAAGGAUAGAAGAAGCCCAUCAAGAGCUCACUAGAAUGUUGAAUGAGGAUGACUUGAGAGAUGCAGUGGUACUUAUCUUUGCAAACAAACAGGACUUGCCUAAUGCUAUGCAGGUUGCGGAGGUUACCGAUAAGCUUAACCUUAAUCGGCUUCGUAACAAUCGUUCCUGGUACGUCCAGGCAACCUGUGCUACUUCUGGAGAUGGACUUUACGAAGGAUUAGACUGGCUCUCUAACCAACUUAAACAAAAGAAGUGAAGGAAUAAAUUCUUUUUAAGAGAACAAUAUGACAGGGGUUGAGAAACAGAAGUCCUUUGGUCCAAAAGAGUGAAAUUUGAGGAAAGUGAUGUUGGUAUUUUUCUACCAAGUAAAUUAUGUCUGCUUACUGCGCUACCAUAUAUAGCUUAAUGAGACACUUGCAUUAAUAACAAUGAUGAUAAUAACUGCAUAUUUACCCAGGGUAGCCACUUCAGUUCCAAAAAAAGUUCUUCAGCGGGUCGUGCUGUAAUUACAUUUCAGGUAAUUAAUAGAUUUGCUUGGUAGAAAAUGAUUGAAUACAUCACUUUUUUGCAAAUUAAUGAUUUCUGUUUUUCAACUGUCAAUUUCCUCUCAAUAUUCCUGUACAAGUAGUACCUUCCUGUCAUUAGUAUGUUUCUAGGUUAUUAUACAUGUAAUACACAUCAUUGAGGACAACACACACACACAAGGUAUCUUUGGAAUAGUUCUAUUCGUUUGGACUGUUUCACAGGUAACGUGUUUGUGUAGUUAUUGUAUAGCCCGAGUAAAAUGAUGUGUGUUACGAAAGAUAGCUACCUGGAUCCUUGUUAUUUGAUAGACCAUCCUCACCUUCAAAACCAUGACUGGUCAAUAGAACCCGGCAUUAAUACCAGUCGUUAGCAAAUUCCUAUAAACAUAAACGAUAGGUCACAUGAUAGAUUUCAGCCAAUCGUUUGAUGGGGAUCCAUGUCACCAUAAUUCCUAAUAAACCUUAGGUACUUGUGCAUAUUUUGAUAGCUAAAAAUACACAUGGAGCUGGAAAUCUACCAUACGGGUUUGCCCAACAUUUUGCCAGAACAGUCUUAGAUUUACUCGGCAGAGCUGUGCAUGUAGUUGCCAUACAAUGAAUGGCCCUCGUAAUGUGCUACCUCGUCGUCUUUCAUAUGUGCUGGGCAAGGCUCGGUGAUUCAACUCAACAUUGUCUCACGUUAUCGGUCCGCAUCUGUGGCCAUCCACCCUAAAAUCCACAAUAAGUUGCCCAUAUUGAAUUAUUAGAGUUACAUCAAGGUUGAAAAGGCAGGAUCCCAAGCUGUGAAAUGCUAUAUAGCCUAUCAAAAUUGGUAAAUAAGAAUACAGAGAAGUACAGCUCAUUUCAGCGUGAGCUUCUGAGAAUAAGGAGAAAAUGGAAGUUCAGCAUUUGCAGUUCCAGACCUGCCAACCAGUACGUUUUUGCAACCAAAUCGUAAUUUAUUGAGAAAAAUCAUCUCUAUAUGUCUCUAUUUCAUAAAACUUACACAAAUAUGGUUAUUAGAUCAAUGUAAUUUCAGGUAACUUGUUUUUUUUUCAAUCAUUUUGUUAAAACCAGGGUGAGAUAUACACAUGUUUCAAUGUUGUUUUUUUUUCAUCUGGAAGAGUAGUGCGCAUUUUAGCUUGCAUGCAGCUUGAGCGCCGAGAUGAGCGAGUGCGCCAUGCAUUUUAUUAUGAAAUACUCUUUUUUGGUGAGUUUUUUUUUAUCACAGAAUACAAUUUUUCAUUCCCAGAGGUUGGCAGGUCUGCAGUUCACUCAGGCAUAAUACUUGCAUAACGUGCAAUCUGAUGUGGGUUUCCCUUCCAAGCAGUCAGGGGGGGGGGGGGAACUGUGGCAAAGAAACUCUUGUAUCUUGUUUUGACAGUAUAGAGAAAAAGAGUUGCUUUUCUGGUAACCUUAUUUUCUAAAUUUGAUUUGUGAAGACCAGGGGAGCGUUUCAUGAAAGGACUUGUCAGACGUUUUAUCCGACAAGUCCCAUUUUAUCCGACAGUUGCCAUAGUAACAGUGCUUCUUAGCCAAUCAACAUAAGGAAAGAUGUCAGAUCUGACAACUUGUCGGACAAAAAUGUUGAUGAAACACUCCCCAGAUUACCAUUUUGGCUAAUUAUAUAACAACUUGCCUGGCAAUUAAUUGUUUGUUUUGUGGUGGAUGAUCGCAUGUAUUCUUUCUAUGGCAACUUCACUCACUGUCGGUAGCCGGUACUCGUUUGCGAAAGAUCGCUCCGAGCGAGUGGAUGUAAUAACUCUGUGCUAUGCAAAAUUGUAGAUGCUAUGAUGAUCAUGUGAUUGGAUUGUUGUUUGCCACCUUAAGGAGAUUGUGCGAUAGGCAGGAUGUACAGUAAUCACAUUAUAGACCAAACGUAAAUUGGGUAUUACCACUUGGAAGUCCUUUUAUGAUGGACCUACACAGUAUGUAUACUUUGUUGUACACAAAAUUUCCACCUCCCUGUUUAUAUUGAGUGCUGCUUUUUUUAUCAAAAUUUAUUCAACGGUCCUGUCGAGCAAAGCGCUACAUGCAGAUAGAACGGAUCCAGUGAAGAAGAUACCACGAAAACAGUGACUGCGUGCCAUGUACAUGUAGAUUAUGACCAAACAUGCAUUGAAAAUGUUUGUUCCAUUUUGGGACAUUGCUUACAUGUACACGUCCUGCAGUUGCCCCUGUCAUUUGCCUCUAGAAAAUGUUCAAUAAGUGAUAAAGUGUAUAAUCAAAGUAAUUUAUGGUUUUAAGAAUGGGAAAUUUUAAUGAGAACUAAUGAAUUUAUAUAUUGAAACUUCAUACAUGUAGACUAGAAACUGUUUUAGAAACUUUGGGUAUGUAUAAAUUGUCUUUGUAACCGAGGAACUUGUAAUAGUGAUCAUAUAAAUGCAACAUAAUUGGACGUGCCAUGUUUCGCUUGUAACAAUAUCUUCAGAUGCAUAGACUGAACACCAUGUACCGGUUGGUUUCAACUUUAUGCAUGACUUUAUGGCCCGUAUUCUGCAGUCGGGUUUAACUUAAACUCGGGUUAAAGGUUGUGGUUUAACUAUGGAUAGCCAAUUGUUACAUAAAUCACUAACAGAAGAGAUAUCAUAUUUCAGCUCAUUUGGCUCUCAAAUCGUUCAUAAUCGUCUAGGAAGUAUAAAUAGAUGAUUGCCUUCACCAUCGAAGAAUCAGGAAAGAGCACAGUAAACACAAGAAACAUACAACUUAAUAACAAUUUUGACACUUUUGGCUUCCCAUAAUUUUAGCACAGAGUUUGUUAGACCAUGGUCUAAGUUAAACCUGACUUCAGAAUAUGGUCCUAUGAGUUGAAGUUCUUUAUUGCAGAGACCGAGGGGCUAUUUUAUAAAUUGUAAGGUAUGCAUGGCGUCGCGUACAACUGGUGAACUGUUCUAAGUUAAAUAAGAUAUCUAAUUUUUUCAACAAAACUUUAGUGAAUUUCUCAUGACCCUGAUCAAACUUAUAAUGCAAAGAGGCAAGCAUGUAGAUGUUCAGAUGCUCGUUAUCAGCCCAAGUUUUACCCCUAAAAUAUCAGAUUUCAACUUCAUUAGGUCAUGAGGAUAAAAAUUAAGCACCAACAAUAUGUCACCAGUCUUACGCAAAGGCAUGCCUAGCUUACUAAUUGCUUUAUAAAUAUCACCCUGAACACACAAUGUACAUGUACCUCACACGAUAUUAAUCAUUGAAUAAUAAUUACCAUAAUUAUGAAAUGCGUGUUUAUUUUUAAAUGUAUUCUACAUGUAUGACAAAUUGAGUUGAUAGUAGCUGCCUUAAAUCACUGCACGCAGAUACUUAAUCUGCAUAUUAGGAGAAUAUGAGGAAGAAACAGAUUAGAAUGGAAAGAGGAGAUAUUCAUAAAUGAAUACUAAUUUAGUGGAUAUUAGAAUUUUUAUUUUGAUAUUGUGCUUAUGGUUAUGAUCUAUUUUUGAGAAUUGUUGAACUGGGGGGCUCGUUGCUGAGAGUUUUCGUCAAACGCAACUUCAUUUUUAUCCAAUCAAUUAUGUGUAUUUGGGACUCGGCUUGAAUUUGGAGUUGCGUUUAAUGCAAAUUUGUCUGGAAUUGGCUCUUUGCUGCUCAAGAAAAUGCUCUAUGGAAACAUUUAUUAGUUGGCAAAAAGCAAAGAUAUAUAUUCUUAGUAACCAUUGCUGCGAGAUAUUCUAGCGAAGACCAAGAACCAGUUGAUAUGAUCGAUUUCAUAUCACUCUUUGUUAUUCUAUUGGAUGUUGCAAGUAUGUGAAUAAUUGAUAAAGCAUUCUCUAUGUUUUUUUUUUUAAAUUCCAUCCGUCAUGUUGUAAAUAUGUCUGAUAUAUUGUGUACACCAUUCAGCGAUGCUACAUGUGUAUUGUUUACAAUGCGAGGAAUGGCGAUUUAGAGAGGAUUAUUUCAUGCAAGAAAUACUAGUGAUUUUCAUUAUUUUGCUUUGAGCCAAUUGGGUGCUUAGAUGUCAGUGGCUUAUAACAAAUAGAGAAAAUCUCUAUUUUAUUCAUGAAAUGUUGUUCCUUUGAUCACGAUAAACUUUUUGUUCAUUUGCCUUUUCCGUAAUCCAGGUGGGUGUUUCAUAAAGCCUUCCGUAGGUUACAAAUUAAUUUACGCAUGCCUAGUAAUCUUUUCUGGUGCUUAAUGAUAUAUUUCUAUAUAGCUGACUUGACACCUUAGAACAUGUUCCAAUCAUGCAUAACUUAACAACAGCUUUAUAAAACAUCCACCCAUCGAAUCCUUGAUUCUGAUUGUAUCUUGAUUGUCGUUGCCAUGGAAGUGACCAUUGGAUGGCAUAGUUACUAUAAUAGUAACUUUUAUGCCACAGGGCCCUGGAAGUGUCAUAAAGCCGUUUGCAAGUUACAAGCGACUCUACGAACGACUCGUGACCCUUUCUCAGGAACUAAAUCAAUGCCAACCGAAAUGCAUUGUGAAUCGUUUACCACGAGAAAGGAUCACCACUCGUUUGUAAAGUCACUCGUAACUUACCGCUUUAUGAAACAACCACUAGUUACCUCGUCUGCCUGAUAAAUAGGGGGAAUUCAAAGAUUACCCUUAACAAUGUACUGAUAUUCAUGAGAACUUCAAUGAAUAUGGGGAGCUUGUUUGCAAACAUACUUUGCCAUUGUAGGCAGGGGCAGAACAAGGAUUUACCAGAAGCAGGGGCAAUUAAAUCAUGAUAAAAAAAAAGAAGAAUAAUUAAAGGUCACCACCAUUUUUGGAGGCACUAUCCCAUGUAACAAAAUAUUUCAGCAAAAUGAGCUAGAAGAAAAGGUCCACAUAACGGGGGGGGGGGAAUGGAAGCAUGUGCCCUUUUUGAACCUCCCCCCCCCCUCCCCGCCUGACAGUAGGUUAGGCAAGGUUCAGAACUUGGUCACAACCAUAAUAUCAAUAUUUCAUGUAAAAUGUAUCAAUAUGUACAGACAAUGUAGCGUGUAUGUUCUCUAUAUGAACAAGACCCCCCUCUCGUAGAUAGUUGUAUUCAUUUCAUAUAUAUCCUUUUCCUAUGUUUUUGUUGGGUAUAUAUGAUAUAUAUAUAUAUAUAUAUUUGUAUAUCAGAGCAUGGACCAGCAGUCUUGUAUCUUUCUAUAUUGACUUUGCAUUGAAGGUAUUACCCCCAAGACUAUUACAGCAAACACUGUAUAUGUGCACAUUGUAUUGAUGGUUAUAUUCGGGGAUAUGGUUCAUGUUUUGUAUAUGUCUUGAUCAGUAGAGAUUUGUUCCAAUACCUAAGAAUGAUUGAUUAAAAUCAUGUUCACAUUUCA